UCAGGCUCCGGCUCCGCUCGGUGCGCGGCUCCCGGGGGUCCCGGCCCAUGGCGGGGCGCUGAGCCCCCCGACCCCCAGCACCGCCGGGGCCGCCGCCCCCCACCAUGGGCUGGGGGGGUCUCCUCGUGCUCUGCCUGCUCCGCGGGGCGCUGGGCGCAGGACGCCCCCCCGGGAGCGAGGGACGGAGGGCUCGGGACGUGUCCGAGGGGACCCGCAUCUCCCAGGACCUGGUGGGCGGCAGCCUGGCCAUCGACACCCUGCGGGCCAACGAGAGCCGCAUCGUGGAGGACAACCACAGCUAUUACGUGUCGCGGAUCUACGGCCCCGGGGACGCGCGGCGCGGGCGGCUCUGGGUGGACAUGGCAGCGGCCAACGGGAGCCGAGCCCGGAUCCACGGGAUCCUCUCCAACACGCACCGGCAGGCCUCGCACAUCCCGGAGCUCGGAGAAGGGGGCACAGCCCUUCCAACCUCCCCCUGCACCCCAAAUCCCCCCGGGGCGUCAGGAGCUGCUGCUCCCUCUGUUCCUGCAGAGACUGGGUGGACACAGGGGGGGUCCCUGGGGCUCGGAGGAAACCCAGAGGGGCAAAAAAAGGGACGGGAGAGGCCGAGCGGGGUGGUUGGAACAGGGCGGGGAGGGGGAGCCCGCGCUGCUUCAUCCUCUGCCCGCUCAGGUUUUAUCUUCGUGGGGGACGUCAUCCACCGCAUGCUCACGGCCACGCAGUACAUCGCGCCCCUCAUGGCCAACUUCAACCCCAGCUACUCCCGAAACUCCACCGUGCAGUACCUGGACAACGGGACGGUGUUUGUGGUGCAGUGGGACAAGGUUUAUCUGCAGGGCAAGGAGGACAUGGGCAGCUUCACCUUCCAGGCCGCCCUGCACAGCAGCGGGAGGAUCGUCUUCGGCUACAAGGAGAUCCCGGUGCCGGUCCUGCAGAUCAGCGCCAGCCAGCACCCGGUGAAGGCCGGGCUCUCCGACGCCUUCAUGGUCCUCAACCCCUCUCCCGAUGUCCCUGAGUCCCGGCGCCGGACAAUCUACGAGUACCACCGUGUGGAGCUGGACACCAGCAAGAUCACCAGCCUGUCCGCCGUGGAGUUCACCCCGCUGCCCAGUGAGUCCCAGAGCCCCUUCCCAGCCGGAAUUCCAGCCACAAACCACGAUUCCCAGCCCAAGGGGGCAGCCAAGGCUGGGCCAGAGUUUGGGACUUUUGGGAUCCACCUGGCCCUGGAUGAUCCCGGUUUUCCCCACAGGUGCUCCAGUGGCUUCGACCGCUACCGGGAGGAGUGGCUGAGCUACGGCUGCGGCCAGCAGCGGGACGAGGGGAGCUGUGAGGAUCUGGCGGAAGGCGAGCGUUACCCCGCGCCCCCGGCCAGCCCCGCGACCCCGCGGCCGCAGCGCGGCUCCUCCGCCACGGCCUCGCUCUUCUUCGGCAGCCUCACCACCGAAGACGACACGAAGCUCAAUCAGUUUGUGGAUGGAGAGGGCACGGGGAGCAGCAUUCCCUCCGGGAGCGGCGGCGCCCCGCUGGCCACGGGCACCGUGGUGGGAAUCGUGGUGGCCGUGCUGCUCCUGGCCGGGAUCAUCCUGGCCGGGAUCUACAUCAGCGGCCACCCCACGUCCAGCGCCGCCCUGUUCCUCAUCGAGUUUCUCAGAGAAGAGUUCUUUCAAUGA